CCGGGUAAGAUGGCGGCGGCAGAACAGUGCUUGCUGUCUGCUCAGUGGCGUCCGGUUUCCUUGACACACGUAGAAUACCCUGCAGGAGAUAUUUAUGGGCAGCUGUUAGCCUACCUCAGCUUAGGUCCAGUUUUCAUUCUCAUCAGUUUUCUAACGCUGAUUAUAUUCAAGAGGGAACUUCACACGAUUUCCUUCCUGCUGGGCUUGGUGGUUAAUGAAGGGGUUAACUGGCUAAUAAAGAAUAUUGUCAGAGAGCCACGACCAUGUGAAGGGACCCAUGCAACCGUGACCACAGAAUAUGGUCUCCCUUCCAGCCAUUCCCAGUUCAUGUGGUUUUUCUCAGUCUAUUCAUUCCUCUUCCUGUACUUAAGGAUGCAUCAAACAAACAAUGCCCGUUUCCUGGACCUUCUCUGGCGGCAUGUGCUGUCCCUGUGCCUUCUGACAGCGGCAUUCCUAGUCUCGUAUAGUAGAGUGUAUCUUGUGUAUCACAGCUGGAGUCAGGUGGUCUAUGGUGGUGUGGCGGGGAGCGUCUUGGCCAUUGCCUGGUUUGUUAUUACACAAGAGAUUCUGACACCUCUUUUCCCAAGGAUCGCAGCAUGGCCGAUUUCUGAAUUCUUCCUAAUCCGAGACACCAGUCUGAUCCCCAACAUCUUAUGGUUUGAGUACACAGUCACCCGAGCAGAAGCCAGAAACAGACAACGUAAACUGGGCACCAAACUUCAGUGAGCCGACCUCUGCGAGAGACCGGGAUGGGCGUAAGCAGUUAGGAUCCACUAAAUCAUGGCCGCCGGAAAGGAACCGAAACCAGCGCCACCUACGUUGCAGAGAGGAAACCUUUUAAACUGACGGACCAAAUCGUUAAAAGCGAGACCUUUUGCGGUGACUUUACUUGUCUGUGUUGCGCACAGCUCUUCUGCAUGGCAGCGCGGGGGAUUCCUAUGGCUACACUAUCCAAUGAACCUUCUCCAAAUACUCAACUCAGGAGACAGGCGGCUGUUAUAUCCUUUUUUUUUUUUUCCAUUUUUCUUUUUUAAGGAAUUGCAAAUUCCACCCAAGACUUAUUUUUUUUUUUAAUGCAUGGAAAUCCACUUUUUAUUUAAUUUAACUUUUUUUAAAUUAAAAACAAAAAACUGAAACGGGUCGGGGGCUUAGAAUGGGGAAUAAUUAUGCAUACUCUGCAGCGUUUGGAUGACUUCUGCUGCUUCGGACCCAACCCGCUUGAUAGAAGACAGCGCCAUUUGUUAUGUCUAACACUGCAGAGCUCAUGUGACAAGGGCCUUAGCUUAGUAGCCGCCAAAUAACACUUCCCCCUAGGGGCAUUCGCUAUGCUCUCUGAGGUGCCUAUUGCUGAUUGGUUGAGGGAUUUCAGGCUGAAAGCCAAUCCGGUUGCACUUUGUAGAAGGGUUCACGAGAGAGAGGACUAUGACUUACCCUUUUAACACUAGUGAUUUUCUUUUGUUUUUUUUGAUGUGUGUUCGAAAAAAGGAGAAACUGUAAAACGUCAGGGCUUCUGUUUCAUCACUUCAUAGCAGCUCAAGCACCGUCCGAUAACCAACCAUACUCAAGUCUUGCCUAGGAAUGAAUGGUGAUGUUUCUCUACCCAUCUCUGGUGCUGCCCCCUCAUACAGUCCACUUGGCCAUAUGUAUUCCUUCAUACUUCUGACUCCAUCUUCCAGUGUAUGGAUGUUGCCUGAGGAUGCUGGGAGCUGUAGUUCUAAACUGGCAUUUUGGGGAUUGAAUAUCCCAUAACGUAGCGCAUGAGUUAUUGUUAAACAGACCUGCAUUUAAUUGUCCUUUUCUCCUCACCAAUCAAGUCCAGCAUUGUUGCAGCUGCAUUACCUUUCAAGUCAGUUGUAAAACACAAUAAAAUCUUUUCAGAUGGUU